UCCAUUGGGCUGGGCAGGCAGGUUCGGCUGGUGAUGCUGGGCAGGAGGAGGAGGAGGCUACUGGUGGUGAUGGUACCCGUCCUCCUCUCUGCAGGUCUGUGACAAGCAGGGAACAAGACAACGACGGCGCAGCCCGGCGCGGGCUGACGGACGCUGGCGACUCAGUCAUGGACAGUAGCUGCCACAACACGACUGCCAAAGUGUUAGCGACUGCUCCGGCCCGGGGCAAUAUGAUGAGCACCUCCAAACCCUUGGCUUUCUCCAUCGAACGAAUCAUGGCGCGCACCCCCGAACCCAAGUCCCUGCCCGUCCCCCACUUUCUGCAGGGAGCCGUGCCCAAGGGGGACCCGAAGCACCCUCUGCAUCUUAACUCGUCGAUCCCCUGCAUGAUCCCCUUCGUGCCUGUGGCGUACGACACGAGCCCCAAGGCAGGAAUGACCGGGUCGGAGCCGCGGAAGGCGAGUCUGGAGGCUCCGGCCGCGCCGGCAGCGGCACCCGCGGCUCCCGCGUUCAGCUGCAGCGACCUGCUCAACUGUGCGCUGAGUCUCAAGGGCGACCUGGCCCGCGACACGCUACCGCUGCAGCAGUACAAGCUGGUAAGGCCGCGUGUGGUUAACCAUUCUUCCUUCCACGCCAUGGGAGCCCUGUGCUACCUGAAUCGUGGUGAUGGCCCGUGCCACCCAGCGGCCGGCGUUAACAUCCACCCGGUGGCCUCCUACUUCCUCAGUUCCCCUUUGCACCCGCAGCCAAAAACAUAUUUAGCUGAAAGGAAUAAACUGGUGGUCCCGGCGGUGGAGAAGUACCCCUCGGGAGUAGCUUUCAAAGACUUGUCCCAGGCUCAGCUGCAGCAUUACAUGAAAGAAAGCGCUCAGCUUCUGUCGGAAAAAAUCGCAUUCAAAACCACGGACUUCAGCCGAGGCUCUCCUAAUACCAAGCCUAAAGUUUUCACUUGCGAAGUGUGUGGAAAGGUCUUUAACGCGCAUUAUAACUUAACCCGUCACAUGCCGGUGCACACAGGAGCCAGACCCUUCGUUUGCAAAGUGUGUGGAAAGGGCUUCCGGCAAGCCAGCACACUGUGCAGGCACAAGAUCAUUCACACCCAGGAAAAACCUCAUAAAUGUAACCAGUGUGGCAAAGCGUUUAAUAGAAGUUCUACUUUAAACACGCAUACUCGAAUACACGCAGGCUACAAACCGUUUGUGUGUGAAUUCUGUGGCAAAGGAUUUCAUCAAAAAGGGAAUUACAAAAACCACAAGUUGACCCACAGCGGGGAGAAGCAGUUCAAGUGCAAUAUCUGCAACAAGGCUUUCCACCAGGUUUACAACCUCACCUUCCACAUGCACACCCACAACGACAAGAAGCCCUUCACCUGCCCCACGUGCGGCAAGGGCUUCUGCAGGAACUUUGACCUCAAGAAGCACGUCCGCAAGCUGCACGACAGCGGCUUGGGCCUGGCUCGCAUGCCUGCCGGGGAGCCGGGCGCGGAUCCGUCCCCGCCUCUCCAGCAGCCGCCGCCCGCGACGCUGCCGCCGCUGCCGCCGCCGCUGCCGCCCCCUGGGCCCUUGCAGCCUGGGCUCCACCCGGGGCACCAGUGAUCAAGGCCAA